CGUAAUUAAAUCAAGUUAAUUUUAAGCAAACACCGUGUAACUUGUGAGUGACUUUUCUUGUCAAAUUUUAUUAAAAAAAUCACCUAAAAUGGAUAAAACCGAGUUGGAAAUCGCCGGAAUUUCGUCCGAGCUGUUAAACAAAUUGGAAAACUUGCAAAAACAAGAUUUAUUUUCAUUUUUACCAUACAUCGAAACGACUCAAACAAACUUGAAAGGCGAGAAACUCCAAUUUGACUUGCUUGACUCUCUCCCAACUAUAAAAAUCGGUCGCAAAAGCGCGACAAUAAUGGAGAACAUGGCCCAAAUUGCAAAACUUGAGCAAAACUACCAAAUAAAUAAAGAUUUGUUAAAGUACGAGAAAGAGGAAAGAAUGAAAGUACAAAAAGAAAUGUGCAACGAGUCAAUAUUCCUAACUUUAUGUUGUCUUAAUGACGAUGAAAAAAAGUCAAGGAAAAUAAAGCGUGAAAAACCAGACAAAGAUUUCAUCCACAGAAACAUCGAGUUGGCUACAGCCAUGUCGAAAUUGCCUCUCACCGACGAGGAAAAACACCAAUUGGAUCAAAUCCUAACAAAUGGUAAAAUUUUUCUCAUCAUUUACACACAAUUCAAAUUUUUCGAAUUUUCAGACUGCGAUGAAACGUCAAACGGCUUUCAUUUGUGCGAAAACGACAAACAACGUCUCUUGGAAAUCGAUACUGAACUUGAAGCUAAAUACCCCGAGACUCAGCACUUGAAAUCGUCAAGUGAGCAAGAUUUUUCAAAAAAUGUUGUUUUGGAUCAAGUUUUGAAAGAGGUUGAUGCAAAAAUAGCCACUAUUCGAGACGAAUAAAUAAUCAAAAAUUCACUUGUCGAUCCCUUUUCAAAGACAAUAGAAUAUUCAAGUGGAAAAUUAGGCCUUCGUGUACAUCUGUUCACCCUCCGAGACUAUGUCAAGAAUUUUUAUCACAUAUCGAACACCUGAUAUAAAUUACUCCCUAGGAUUUAGGGAUAUUCGUGAAUUUGGUGACAAACAAAAGAUAUCGUAACUAGUGUCAAAAAUUUAGGUUAAGCCACCUGUCAG